AUUUACAUAAGAUAACUUACGCUUGCACUUGUCUCUUCAAUGUCUCCAUCUAGUGUGACCUUCCUCCGAGGAAAGAAGAGCCUCCAGAAAUGGCCACCGCCAUUUUAGGAUCCGUAGAAUUCAGAGAAGAUAUCGAUUUGGUUGAACAGCAACGAUUCAGAAAACGUAUCCAGCGAAAGGUCACGGACGACACAGAUUUUGUCACCCUUCAGGAUAUAAAGGACGUUGUCUUGUUCACUGCUCCGUCCAAAAUUAUGAAACCAUUUGUAAUCAACCUGCUUCAUCUCUCGGCUACGGACCGACUACUACGAGCUCUCAUAUUGUUUUGCCAAUAUCAUUUGCAGGUUUCAACUGUUAUGGCGACGCGUACUUCGGAACUUGAAACAAAAAUUCGCACUCCCAAAAGCGAGGAAGUAGAAUUGCGCUACCUGGAAAAUUUAGAGGACCUGCGUUUACUCGUCGCUAAGGAAUAUUCCAACAUGAUACAAGGUUCCGGAGAAUUUGCAAAAUAUCAUCAUAUGGGUCACAUGAAAAAAUUGCGGUCCCAAAUUAGACGCGAGGGCUUCAUGUUCGAGACUUUUAUACGAAUCAGUAUCCAGAUCGUAUGGAUAGCACUAGGUCGGAAAUCUUUUAGUCAAAUUGAACUGGAGGUCCAUAGAAUAUUUAAGUCGCAGGUAUUCAAUUCAGCCGAACAUAAGUUGGGUAAAGGCGAUCAAUUUGACGAAAUAACAGCCAACGAACGAAAUGUGCUGGUUGGUCACUGCUUGCGCAAGAAAUAUAAGGUGGACAUGCUGUCACCUCUGAUAAAUGAAAUACACUGCUGCAGGAGAAAUAUUGACCAUCGAAUUUAUGGACUUGGAAUCGUCAAAUAUCCACAUUUAAGCCCUCGCCUCUUAUACAUGGAAGGUGCACUAUCUCUGCCGGAAAGUGAGUUACUAAAAAACGAUAUUUCAUUGGGCAUGUUGGGAUCGCCGAGAUCCAAUUUCGAUAUAUUACUGAGGGAAAUCACUUAUUCCGUCGAUGACUCUUCAAAUACCAGUGGUGGCAAGAUAAGCAAAUCAGUGUCAAGAGCAUCUAAGCCGAUGCAAAGAACAAAAUCAUCCCUUGCGGAAUCAAUACAAUCGUAUAAAGACAUCGAUCUACCGCCACAAGUUGAUGAAGAGGAUCUUCCAAGCGAAUUUCCUACAAAAUCUUAUCCACACAGACAUCCCGAAGAGGGGCAGCGCCAAAAAUGGAUUCUGAAAUGUACGCGGAUUCUUAACAAACAUCGCGCACUACAUUUUUAAUGAACGAAUUUACUUAAUACAGACAUUGCAUCGUAA